AUGCAAAUAGAAAACAAAUUGAAAACCAUGGAAACCAAUCUCACUACAGUGAUAGAAUUUGUUCUUGUGGGCUUUUCCGAUAGUCCCAAAUUGCACUGGCUGCUCUUUGGAAUAUUCUUAUUCAUCUAUUUGAUUAUCCUACUGGGGAAUGGAGUUAUCAUCCUAAUUACUAGACUGGAGCCUACCUUGCACACCCCCAUGUAUUUUUUCCUCAGCAAUUUUUCUUUCCUAGAAAUCUGCUAUGUGUCUGUCACUCUUCCUAGGAUGCUUAUGGAUCUUUGGACCCAAAAAGGGACUUUUUUCGCCUGUGCCACACAAAUGGGUUUCUUCCUUGUGCUGGGAGCCACAGAAUGUUUUCUUCUGGCAGUGAUGGCCUAUGACCGCUAUGUGGCCAUUUGCAGACCUCUUCAGUAUCCACUUAUCAUGAACCACAAGGUCUGUAUCCAGCUAGUCACCGGCUCCUGGAUCAUUGGCUUUCCAAUCCAGAUAGGGCAGACGGUGCAGAUUUUCACACUGCCCUUCUGUGGGUCUAAACAUAUCAACCACUUCUUCUGUGACAUCCCCCCACUGCUCAAGCUAGCCUGUGGGAUCAUCUUUGUGAAUGAGAUGGCAGUCUAUGUAUUUGCGUUCUUGAUUGUCGUUGUGCCCUUUAUGUUGAUUCUUGCAUCCUACAGUAGAAUAAUAUCAACUAUCCUGAGGUUACCAUCAAACACAGGAAGAGCCAAAGCCUUUUCCACUUGUUCCUCCCAUCUCAUGGUUGUGCUUUUAUUCUAUGGAUCUGCCACUAUCACCUAUUUCCAUUCCAAUUCCUAUCAAUAUGAAGGUACAGACAAACUGCUUUCUCUCUUCUAUACUAUUUUGACCCCAAUGUUCAAUCCCAUGAUAUACAGCCUUCGGAACAAAGAUGUUACUGGGGCCCUGAGAAAAGUCUUUCCCAUAUUGUUGAAAUUCUGA